UCAGAUUUGUUCUACAACUUCGAUCUGCCCGUUUCUUCCCUCGGGUACUUACCCGCCCUGACCGUCCUCCCUAGGAAAUUUUCAAUAUCGAGCUCUGUCUUCCUUUUAAAGCGUCUCCCUCCGCCGAACCACUCUUCUCUUUCAUCUGCUCGUUUUCGAAUUCCGUCGUCCGUCGUCGUUGCCGGCGUGUUCAGAGAUUGGAGUAAUCGAUUGCGGAGAUUUGAGUUUUUGUUUGUGGUGGCUGGGGGAGGAUUGAGAAGGGAAAGGAAAGAGAAAUUAGGGGAAGUAACGGAAAUUGUAUUGUUUCAUUGGUAAUGGCGGAGAUUUGCUGUAAAGUGAUAGGUGAGAGUGAGGCGUCGUCGUCCUGUGAGCCGAGCUCGCGAGUGGCUAGACGUCGGAGAAUGGAGAUCAGGAGGUGUAAAUUUGUUGCCGGAGUUGCUCCGUCGGAGACUGAUACUGUUGCGAAGCGACAGAAGCUGGAGGAUCGAUCGGCGUCGCUUUCCAGAGACUGUGAUAACGCAGUUGAGAACUGUGAUUCCGGGGAAGAAGAGACUGUCGGGAGUUUUGUGGCCGGAGAAGUUCCGAAGGAGGUGUCGACACCUCUGCAUCGGGAAUCUCCUAUCAUUCCUUUAGGCGUAGAGAUUCCGAAGUUUGGAUUCUCUUCUGUUUGUGGAAGACGGAGAGAUAUGGAAGACGCGGUGGCCGUUCAUCCAUCGCUUUGUUUUACAGACAAGGAAGCCACCGAUAAGGUGCACUUGUUCGGUGUUUACGACGGCCAUGGCUGCUCUCAUGUGGCGAUGAGGUGUAAGGAUCGACUGCACGAGCUCGUCAAAGAGGAGUUAGAUCGGGAAGUGAAAGAAGAGUCUUCCGCCGCGGCGGAAGCCUCGAGGUGGGACGGCGCCAUGAAGAGAAUCUUCCGCCGAAUGGACAACGAGGUUGUGGCGCGAAACAAUGAAGAAAUUGUGGUUGCGAAUUGUAGAUGCGAACUGCAGUCCCCGGACUGUGAUGCCGUUGGAUCCACCGCUGUCGUUGCAGUUGUGACGGCGAAUAAGAUCAUCGUUGCUAACUGCGGCGAUUCCAGAGCCGUUCUUUGUCGCAACGGGAAGGCCGUUCCUCUCUCCUCCGAUCACAAGCCGGAUCGGCCCGACGAGCUAAACCGGAUCGAGGAAGCCGGCGGCCGUGUGAUCUAUUGGGACGGACCAAGAGUCCUCGGAGUUCUCGCCAUGUCAAGAGCCAUAGGCGAUAACUAUCUGAAACCGUAUGUGAUAUCGGAGCCGGAGGUGACGAUAACAGAUCGGACGGCAGAGGACGAGUGCCUAAUUCUGGCGAGCGAUGGGCUUUGGGAUGUGGUUCCAAACGAGACGGCGUGCGGAGUUGCGAGCAUGUGUCUUCGGGGAAAGACAGAGGCUCGGUCGCCAGGGUCGCCGCCUGUGGCGGUGGAGACGGCGGUGGAAAGGGUGGGGACGGAGAGGGCGGACAAGGCCUGCAACGAUGCGUCGAUACUGCUGACGAAGCUGGCGUUAGCCAGGCACAGUACGGACAACGUGAGCGUCGUGGUGGUGGACCUUAAGAGGGACACGUAGCCUAAGAAUCUGUCCCGAUCUGUCCGCGUCCUUUUUUUAUUACUAUUAUUAUUUAGUAAAGAAAUUAAAUUGAAAAUUUAGAGAAAAAAAAAGGUCUUUUUUUAUUAUUAUUUUUAAAAAUUAGAAAGGGGAAAAUCAAGUUUUUAGUGAGGUAUAGAAUGAAGAUAAUCCAUCUUUCUUGGGAAUCUUCUUCUUUUCGAAUGUCAAAAAAAAAAAAAA